ACUUUAAAAAAUUUAACAUAAUAAACCAAUAUGAAAUAGCAUUAAAUUAAUCUAAAUUAGUAUUAAGUAGUUUAGAGUAGCUGCGUGCUUCUGAUUAGACAUAUAAUUAACUGUGAAUCAUUUGAAAAAAAUGAUAGAUGAUGGAGAAAAUAAUAAAAAUAAUAUUUAAGCUGAAUAGGAAUUUCACCGUAGAGAGGCUAUGGAAUAGAUAUUCGAACAUUUAUCAUUCGAUGGGAGUGAGAAUUAUUUAAACAGUGGAAAACCAUUUAGAAAAGAUAAUGAUAGUAGAAUACUCAAAGAUAAAAGAUGUUUUUAAAAAUAAGAAAAUAAAUCCUUCAGGCUUGCUGAUUUGUAAUAAGGAAAUUAUCAUGAUUUACCAAAAGUUAUGAUGUAUGCUAUAGACACAAAUUGAUGAAAUGAAGAAAAAAAUUGGAGGAAAAAUAAUAUAUUUACUGAUAGAACAAGAAAUAUAACAAUUACA